UUUCAAAGGGAGAAAACGCCUGCAAGCGAAGAGUUACAAAUGAGAGUUAGAGCUUCACUUAGAUUACUUAAGAUGACUUCAUCUGGAUGCCCACACCAUUCAAGCUGACAAAUUCGGGAGCAGCAAUCGCCUUACAAAAUGAAUUCCCACGUUGUUCUCUUCCUUGUGUUAAUGGUAUCAACAUAUGUGACUUCCCAUUUUCAUUCAAGAGGGCAGGAACCAGUAGAUGAUCGCAACUUGAUGUUGAAUAUGAUGAAAAGGAAUAUGCUAGCUAGAGGACGACCUAGGCCUGAAACUUUGGACUUAAGCCCAAAUACUCUGGGGCGCGGGAAUAAGCCGCCAACACGCCGCCUUUUACAGCCAGUCGUUAUCAGACCAAAUAUAUACAGACCCACCCAGCCAGGAGUUGGUCAAAACGAUGCGUUCGAAAUGCAAGAGUUUAUGCGGUUACUUCCCUUUCUAUCGAUGACGGAAGCAGGUGAAGGAAUGGCGGAUAUGAUGUUACCCAUGAUGCUCAUGCAAGGCAGUGGACAGUUUUGACCAAUGUAAAAAAUGUUACUGAUUUGUGAAUUUUCAUUGCACAAGGAAUAAGUUAAUAAAUUUUAUUUGUCAA